UACCAGAAAGACAGAGAAGAAACAGAGAGAAAAAACGAUAGGAACAUGGCGCCUAGGAUCCCAGUCCAUGUACUUCCGUUACGGAGACUAUACUUGUUUCCAGCAAUCGCGGGGGCGAGUUGGUUCGUCACUCUGGCGGCGAUGCUGUUGACUUGGGUUGCAAAAGGAUGUCCUACUUAUCCAGGGCAACGAAACCCAUACAUUGCAUUCAUCUCCGACUUGGGCGCUUUUGAACUCAAGCCGCUAUUCUUGAUUGGAGGCAUUCUGACUGCGUCUUGCUUCAUGGCCACGAUGGUUGUCGUGCAGUUGGCCCGUUACGACCACCGCAUGUACGGGAUGAAAGACGCUAUAUGGAAGCAGUGGGUAUCGGUCGUGGCCAUGGCAAGUGGCGUUGUCGCUGGCCUCGGACUGAUCCUUUUGACAAUCUUGGAUACAUUCAGAUUCCAUGAAGAGCAUGCUGUGUUGCUGCUCGUGACUUUUCUCGGGUUGGUAUCAACCAUGGUGUUGACAACUGUGGUAUACUGGGAUCAAACGUGGAAACCAUCUCCAUUCAGAAGCUUGCGGGCAUGCUGUAUCACGAGUGUAGUGAUUGUGUUGGUUGAUUUUGUUCUGGGUGUGGCGUUUUAUACCCUCAUGCAAUUGUCCUUUUGGAGAACUUCCGGGAUCCUGGAAUGGUUCAUGGCAUUCACGGGGGCAUUCUACCUGUGGUCGUUUGUAGGGUUCGUGCGGGUGCCGGAGGAAGGCAUAGAUGCGAGCGAGAGGGAGGCACUGUUGCAGACUGAUCGGACUUAA